UCGGAACCUGGCUGAGUCUGGCUUUGUUCCUCGGAGGCUUGUCGGAGGCGCGCAAAGGAGGCGGGGAUGCUGGACGGAAACGGAAUCAUGUGAAAAACGGAAUGACGUAUAACGGAUCGGGAUCCCGCCACCAAACAAAUCCGAGACUUAUAUUGCCAGAUAGCCAACAUCUUUCUCCUCAACCUCUUUUGCUUACAGAAUUACAACCAUGGUGUCUGGCGUUCAAAUUCACUCCAAGCUCGCCGAACAGGCCCAAGCCGUUAUCCUCACAGAGGAUGCUCUUGCUUUUCUUGCUGCUCUUCACCGUACCUUUGAAUCUACUAGACAAUCGUUGCUCAUCGCCCGUGAAGAAGCUCAACGUCGCUGGGACUCGGGUGCUCCGUUUGACUUCCCUCCAGAAACAGCGCAUAUACGCGCUGAAGCUUCAUGGCAGUGUGCGCCGCCUGCUCCUGGUCUCGAGGAUAGACGUGUAGAGAUCACAGGACCUACCGACCGGAAGAUGGUCAUUAAUGCAUUAAAUAGUGGAGCAAAAACUUUCAUGGCUGAUUUUGAAGACUCUAGCUCACCCACGUUCUCUAACAUGGUCAGCGGACAGCUAAAUCUCCGCGAUGCAAUCAGGCGUGAGAUUGACUUCGAUACCGGUGGAAAGAGCUACAAGCUUAUCGAGAAACCGUGUGUUCUUAUCGUUCGUCCAAGAGGAUGGCACCUUGAUGAACCUCGCGUGACAGUCGACAAUGCCCCCGUAUCUGGCUCGUUGUUUGACUUCGGUUUAUACUUUUACCAUAACGCAAAAGAGCUCGUAAAACGUGGAUUUGGUCCCUACUUCUAUUUGCCCAAAAUGGAACAUUAUCUCGAGGCCCGUCUCUGGAAUGACGUAUUCAAUUUUUCCCAAUCUUACAUUGGUUUGGCACACGGAACUAUUCGUGCGACUGUCCUCAUUGAGACUCUUCCCGCUGUAUUCAACAUGGAGGAGAUACUCUUUGAACUUCGAACACAUUCUUCUGGUUUGAAUUGUGGAAGAUGGGACUACAUUUUCAGCUUCAUUAAGAAGCGUCGUGCAGACCGCUCUGCUGUUCUUCCUGACCGGAAAGACGUCACAAUGACUGUACCGUUUAUGGACUCCUACGUUCGUCUUCUUAUCCAAACUUGCCACCGCCGUAAAGUUGCCGCGAUGGGUGGUAUGGCUGCUCAAAUUCCCAUCAAAAACGACCCAGCAGCGAACGAUGCUGUUAUGGAAAAAGUACGCCUGGACAAACUCCGCGAAGUUCUAGCUGGACACGACGGUACCUGGAUUGCACACCCCCUCAUCAACAAAAUUGCGUUAGCGGUUUUCAAUGAACAUAUGCUUGGGCCCAACCAGUACCACGUCCGUCGUGAGGACGUCAAAGUCGCUGCUGUCGAUCUUCUCAACCCUCGUGUACCUGGCACGAUCACCGACGAAGGCGUUCGUUCCAACAUUUCGACGUCGUUGGCCUACACCUCGGCUUGGAUAGGUGGCAAUGGAUGCAUCCCUCUCAACUAUCUCAUGGAGGAUGCUGCUACCGCGGAGAUAACUCGUGUUCAGCUGUGGCAAUGGGUCAAGUACAACUCCCGUCUCGAAUCAGGACAAUACAUCACGGCAGAAUACGUAGAAAAGCUAAUCGACGAGCUUGCACCGGAUGUAAAGAAGAUUUACCCUGGGGUAAAGGAGGAUAACCUGAAGAUCGCGGUGGAUUACCUCAAGGGUCAAAUUAAGAAAGAGUGGCCGAGCGAAUUUUUGACUAGUGACCUGAUGCCCUACUUGGCGAUUGCUGAUGGGGCAGAGCCCAAAUGGCAAAAGUCGGCUUUGUAAAUUCUUGGAGGACUUUGGACCCGCUUCUCAUGCAUUGAUUUCUUCUUCGCACUUCUCCAAGGUACUUGUACGCUGUAUGUAGACACAAAUGUAAUACGAAUCGCAAUGACUGUAUUUCCCAAAAUAGAAAGAGCAAUUGCUAAUGUUUGUCAUCAUCAGAACUAUUUCCAAAA